AUUAAGUCAUUUUUGUUUUUCUUGCUUUUAGUGACUUAUAAUGGUGGGCAGUAUACAAGUUUGGUGCUUUAUUAUUUUGAUUUACUGUUUUGGAUGAAGCAUUUGUUGUUACAGGAUAUGCUUUGUAGUAAUCUUUGAAAUACUUUGCCUUGAAAUUAUAUUUUUUCAACUUAAUUUAUCUAGGCAUGAAAGUCUUCAAAAUUAUCAUAGCUUUUCUUUUCUGUUGAUUCAAACUGUUCAUUUAAACUCUUUUUUUUGUUUAUAUAUAUAUAUAUACUAUUUUCAAUAAAAUUUUUAAUAAUUCAUUCAUUCUAAGUUAAUUGGACUUGCCUACGGCUGAACAUACAGUUUAUAUAUGAAUAUGCUUCAUCUGCAUUGCCUGAUUCACUUGAUCUGGUUUUGUUGUUCUUUGAUUCUGACUUGUUCAAGCUUGUAUUAUUCAGGUAAUCACGAUUCAGGUAAUCACUAUAAUGGACGAUUUUGAUGACACUGAUAUCGAAUUGCAGUCACAGUUAUAAGAGUUCUCAUGCAUAGUCCCAAAAGCAAAGCAAAUGUUGAUACUAUUAUUGAAAGGUGUGCUGGUGCAGGGCAUUUACGAGAUGAUAUCCUCCAUUAUAGCAAGGAACCAGCUGAAUACUUGCUUAGUGACCUGCCAAGCUCUUAUGGCGAAGGUGCAACCAACACCUCAAUGGGGUUUGACAAGGAACUGAACAAGGAAGUUGCUAUUAAAGUUAUUGAUUUAGAAGAAUCGCCCAUGCAUGAAGUUACGUUUUCAACAGAAGACAAACCAAAACUUCUUAGUCAGAAACACAUGCCCUAUGCCCUAUUUUCGUUUAAGGACCGCCAAGGAAAUUUCAAACCGAAAGUCGAUUGA